UAUCCCACCAAUUUUCAAGGACGUUUACUAGUCCCUAAAGAAAAACCGCAAUGAGAAAUUUCCCUCACCAACCAGUCCGGAAAGCGCGCCCACCCUAGGCGAUAGCAACCGAUAAGCACGCGCCCAACCAUCGCACGACACCCAUUCCCCGUUAUCGUCGUUGUCGUCGUCAUCGGUCGUCCGUCCGUCGGUGCCCGUUCCGUUUCGUUUCGUCUGUCGAAGUGUGUCUUUGUGGUGUGGCGCAGGCGGGGUGAGGCUUUUCCACUUUUCCACUCGCUGCUGUGCGGCAACAACUCCCCCUCCACCAAAACAUACAACCUUCCCAAACCCGUAAAUACUAUGGCAUGUAGGCAUCAGGAUGUGCUGCGGCGCGGUGCGUCUCCCAUCCUUGUGCGCCGGUCGGACGCGUGGAAGCAGACGAAGCCCGAGCAGAAGAGGAAACAGGCAGGAGUGGUAGUGUAGUAGUUCCAGUCCUGUGCUACAGUCGUAAAAAUAAAACAUAUAUUUUUAUUUUAAUCGAUAAUAAUAAAGUCCAUCCAGCUUUUUUCCCGUUCAAACACACAUUUAAUUGUCUCCUGUAUUGGUUGGUUCCUUCCCCGGGAGUAGUAGAGUCAAGUGCGCGCCAGGUCCCUCAUUCCGAGUGGUGACGACGUCCUGACAGGAUGAAACCGUGCUGAGUGUCCCGUUUCUCCCAGUUUCCAUUCCAGAAUAUUGAAGGAAAAAAAUCCAGGACUACACAAAUCCUCGCAGAAGAAACGAUCUAAAAAUGAACUUUUCACCGUUUGGAACUCAUUUUCCCGGAACGAUUCCGGGAAUCCAUCAGUUUGCGAGCAGUGGGUUGGUGACCAGCGUUCCCUCGACCUCCCACGAUACCAACAAUCGAUAUCACACCAUCAACUCAAACGUCAACAUGGCCCAUUUCAACCAAUCCCACGCUCCGAUUUUGGGAAAAUUCCGCCCAGAGGAUACCGCAUCCAACGUGCUGAAUUCGAACAAAUAUAACGGCCAACAUGGCGCAACGAUUGUACCUGCGACCACCACCAGCGGCCAGUACACGAUUCCCUACAGUCAGCAUUCCGAGGUGAACGACAUCAAACAACGGAACAUGUACCCUCAGUCAACGAUCUCCAGCAGCGCCGGGGCCCAACCUCAGGAAAUCACGCAGGACAUCAGCGCGUUGCUCCAGCAAGCGGACAGCAAACGUGUCCUGCAGAACUCGAGCUGGCAGUCGCUCGCUCCCGGUGCAUCCGUCGCAGACUACCUCUCGCAUCUUCCGGGCACCGCCCUGCCGCUGUCGCUCCAUCACUUUUUGAAAUAUUCAGCCGAGAACAUCAAAAAGGAAACGCAAAAUCCUCUCUCCUCCAUCGAGAUGUCGCAGACACAGACGCAGAACGUGAACGGAGCCUCGAACCAGCACUCGAAUGGAAUGAUUUUGCCCGCGUCGCAAGCCAUUGCCAGUAUCUUGGGCCACCAGAAUCAGGUGGGAGGUGGGCAGUCGCUGCAACAGCAGCAGCAACAGCAACAACAGCAACUGCAUGGUCAACAAGGACCCACCAGUACCGGCACUAUCAAUGGAGCCACCACAACAACCGGCACCACCGGUGGACCCGAAAAGAAAAAGAAGAAAAAGAAGAAGAAGCCCCCGAAGGAGCGAAAACCCCGCCCCAAGCCGGGAGAAAUCCAAGUCCGAACGGCGCUGGACGGUAGUCCGCUGUUCCUGUGUCCCGAGUGUCAGAUGGCCUACCCGGAGCGGGAACUGCUGGAGCAGCACCUGAUCGGGCACAACCUGGAACGUAGGUUCAUUUGCGACAUCUGCAACGCCGCGCUCAAACGAAAGGACCACCUGACACGCCACAAGCAGAGCCACAACCCGGAACGGCCGUUUGUGUGUACUAUCUGUUUGAAGGCUUUCAAGCGUAAGGAGCAGUUAACUCUGCACAUCGUCAUUCAUUCUGGCGAGAAAAGACAUAUCUGUCAGGAGUGUGGCAAAGGUUUCUAUCGUAAAGACCACCUCCGCAAGCACACCCGAUCGCACAUUGCUCGCCGACUGAAGGCCGAACUGCAGGCCCAACAAGGUGGAACCGAAAACGGCACAACCGGGGGUUCUGGCCGUAGCAACAAGAACAGCAACAAUCAGUCCAACAACCAACAGAACGCAACUCAACAACAUCUGCAGCAACAGCAGCAGCAGCAACAACAACAACAGCAGGCACCUCCACAAGCACAAAUCCAACUGCAGCCGCAGGGCACCCCGCAGCUGCAGCCUCCUCAGUACCAUCCGAUCCCACCGACGGCGCAGAUGAUGGCUUAAAGGAGUUCUAAAGUUUCUAAAAAACGAAAGAUUGUCUAGGUUCUCUUUAUUAGUCCCAUAUUGGCUAUUAUGAAUUUGACGAUGGAUACAAAAAUAAUCGGAAUUUCUGUAGUGGCUGUCCGGGCCGGUCAGCUACGUGCAUUACUUAUUGAGCCAGGCCGAGAUUGAAAUUGUCAGGUUUCGUGCGAUUGUCGUGUUUUACGUAGGAAUCAUCAUCUCUGUCUGUCCCCACUGUAUUUAGCGGUAUAUCGAUAUAUUGAACUCUGUAUUGGCAUGGAAUUAGGCGUAGGAUCUUUGUGCAAUUUUAGUUAGACGUUACUUUCUGUUCGCGUUCGUCGAUUUUAACGGACGAGCUUUGUUUUGAGUUCUUUAUCACCUGUUUGUUCCUUGGUUACGAUCUAGUCAAAAUUUAAUAUCAAAAUUGAAAGAACACUGUUGAGCAUAGUUUAAGAAGAAUAUUAUGUACGUUAACAAGCGCGCAACUAUUUAGUUAGAUAUUGCCCAAGGGCGAUAUAGUUCAAAAUGUUUUCUUAUUUAGCACUCAGGAGUCGACUUUUGUUUUAGGAUUGAGACGUUAUUGCACUUAUACGAAUACAUAAACUUAUGAACACUGACCUAAUAUAUUAUAACUGAUUAGAAUGUAAGAAUGUGAGCCAUAUAUAAUAAAAAUAUACGCAACAAUGAAAAUCGUGAAUAGGAGUUUUAUUAAUGGAAAGAAUAAUGCUACAAUUAAAUUUGUUUGCCAUAAUCUGCGCAGUUCUUCUUAUUGUACUUCUACUUAGUGUAACAUCCUCACUGGGGCAAAGCCUGCUUCUCAGUGCAGGGUUAUCUAUUUUGCAUGUUUAUAUCGUGUGGAAAGCAUGAAAAUAUUCAUUCAUUUAUUUAGCAUUACAUAACAACCAUAAUAAAACUGUAUCAACAAUUUUUCGCUACAACACUGGGUUCGUGAUUUCAGUCCUCCAACCUCGACCGCGUCCCACACUUGCCAGAUCGUUCUGCACCUGGUGCGCUCACCUUGCACGCUGCCCUUCAGGUCUUCUCGUGCCAUCCGGAUCUCUUGCAAACACCAGCUUCGCAUGGUUGUUUUCCGACAUUCUCACAACAUUAACACGCCUUGCCCAUCGUAUUCUUCCAGCUUUUGCGACCUGCCGGAUCCUAGGUUCGCCGUAGAGUGCAGCAAGCUCGUGAUUUAUUCUUUGCCGCUACACACCGUUCUGCUGCAAACCGAAAAAGAAGGCCCUAAGCACCCACCGCUCGAACACUUCGAGUGCAUGCAUGUCCUCCUCGAGCAUAUAGUAGGGUGGGGCGGGGCAAGAUGGGUCAGUGCCAUUUUCUGGCGCAUUACUCAUGUUUUGAUUAUGCUAAUAAUUUUGUUAGAUGACCAGCACGAAUAUACAAAAGUUUGGGGCAUUGAUUGAAAAAUUAUUCACUCUCAUUGGAAAUAAAAAAUAAAAUGGUUUUUAGCCAUUUUUCUUAUGCGAUACAUUCCAUAUAAUCUCCAUAUAAACGGCCGCGGGGCAAGAUGGGUCACCUUCAAUUUUGAACGAAUUUUUGAAGCAUUCAAAAGUUUUUUAUUUUUUAUUACAAAACUAUCUCAUAAAUGACUUCAAUCAAGCGGAAUGAACACUCAAAGUUAUAAUAUAAAAUUAUGAUAAUUUUUUAGUGAAAACAUCGAUUUUCAAGUCGCCUUAGGACCACUCAAAUUGUAAAGUUUUUUAUAUUCCAAAUAAAUUUAUAAAAUGUUUACUAAUAGCUCUUGUUUACUUAGUAUGGAUAUGGAGCAUAUAUGAAUGCGGAACAAAUAUUAUAUUUUGACGUUUUUCUUUGAGAAAAUGUGAAUUACUUAAAAGGUGACCCAUCUUGCCCCGCACUUUUUUCACGGCGCAAAAUCGAUCACUUUUUAAAACUGCUUGUUUAACAUCAUAUUUUGUAUUUAUUGAACUUUUUAUCGACUUUUAGCAUAGCUAACUAGUGUAAUAAAGAGUAGCGGACGAAUACAAACCAAUACGAUUUGUAUUUACAAAGUUAUGGUGAUCCAUCCUUAGGUGACCCAUCUUGCCCCGCUCCACCCUACAGAUCUCGUGCCCGUUGAGAACCACACCGGUCUUAUCAGCGUUUUAUACAUGAUACAUUUGUUACGGGGGUGAAUCUUUUCGACCGCAGAUUCUUUUGGUGUACAGGCCCGACUUCCACUGAUGAUGCGCCUUCGUAUUUCGCGGCUAACGUUGUUGUCUACCGUUAAUAGGGAUCCGAAGUAGACGAAAUACUCCAUCAGCUUGAAAGUGUCCCCAUCUAUCGUAACACUGCUGCCUAGGCUUGUCCUGUCGUUCGUGGUUCCGCCUGCCAGCAUGUACUGCGUUUUCUCAGGUUCCGUUCUCCCAGACUUUGUAGUCAUUGAUGGUGAUCUUUUUAGGCCGAAGGUAUUCAAUUGUACCAAAUGCAAGCAGUUUGGUCACAGAUAGCUUUUGCGACAACAAGCCUCGUUGUGGCAAAUGCAACCAGGCUCAUUUAGAGGACUCUUGCACACAGGAAGCUGAAAAGUGUAGCUACUAUGGCGGAGAUCCACAUGACUUGCAAGAUUGCCCGGCUUAUAAAAGACGCAUUCAAAAUGAGAGUCGCUCUAUCAUAAAGCGCUCCAAACAGACAUAUGCGGAGAUGGUGAAAUCUUUUAAAACACCAGAAUCCGUGUCUGAAUCAGCUGUCCCAGUUGAAAAUCCCUUUCACGAGUUGUCUUCUGAUGAUCAGGACGAUGACGAAACUGAUGAGGGUGGAUCUUCUUCGGAGGUA